GCAGAUAUCUUACAUCACAGAUGAGUGUGUACUUACUUAACUAUUUUGUUUUUACCUUUUCAUUAUAUAUGUAGUCUAGUAGUCUAUGUAAUGUUUACGUCAGUAGUUAACCACAUGGUGAAGUAAUAAAUUUAGUUGAUUUGGUACUUUAUAUACGCAUAUCUUCCAUUUAAAUGGGGAGAAAAGGAAAGUUCUCUGAUCUGACCAGACCAAAAAAAGGUCGUGGCAGAAAAGCAAAAAAACAGAAAGAUCCAGUAAUACCUCAACAUUUGCUUUCUACAAGCGAAGCAAAGGAAGCAAAGCCCUUAAGUCACAGACAGAAGCAGCGAGCUAAUCGGAGGGCAAAGAAGCGUCUUGCUCAAAUCGAGAGAGGGAAAGCAGCCAAACUUAACAAGCAAAAAAAGGAUGAGCCUCUUACUUCAAAGGCAGCGAAGGGAAAUGUUGGGUUUACGGAUGAUAAUAAACUGUGGUUGAAGCCAGCGAAAGGAAAGGAGUUGCCGUUAGGGUCUGACGAUGAAGGAGAAAGUGAGGAAGAAGACGAGGCAGCAAGUGAUGAGGAAGUCCAGGCGGGGACCCUGGACGCCCUGGCGGACAGCGGAGACUCGGACGGCGAGGUCCCGGACGAGUUCUCGGGCAGCUCGGGGGGCGAGGGCUCCGACUCGGAGGGCAGCGCCGCAGCGGGCAAGAGAGGGGCGGAUGACGAGCUGCCCAUCGAGAGGGCCGCGAAGAAGCUGAAGAAGAAGCACGAGAAAGACAUGCGUCUGGCCCGCGAGGAGGAGCUGCAGAUGAACGUGGCGAGCCGCGAGGUGUUCGCGUUCCCGUCGGAGGAGGAGGCGAAGCAGCCGGCCGGCCUGCCCGAGGUGCAGCAGCAGAUCAAGGACCUCGUCAUGGUGCUGUCCGACUUUGGGCGCCUGCGCGAGGAGGGCAGGUCCCGCAAGGAGUACACGGACCUGCUGAUGUCGAGCCUGUGCGAGUACUACAGCUACAACGAGUUCCUCAUGGGCCGGCUGAUGGAGCUGUUCCCCGUCUCGGAGCUGCUGGAGUUCCUGGAGGCCAGCGAGGUGCAGCGGCCGCUCACCGUCCGGACCAACAGCCUCAAGACCCGCCGCAGGGACCUCGCCCAGGCGCUGAUCAACCGCGGGGUGAACCUGGACCCGGUGGGCAAGUGGACCAAGGUGGGGCUGGUGGUGUACUCGAGCUCGGUGCCCGUGGGCGCGACGCCCGAGUACCUGGCGGGCCACUACAUCCUGCAGGGGGCGUCGAGCCUGCUGCCCGUCAUGGCGCUGGCCCCGCAGGAGAGCGAGCGAGUGCUGGACCUGUGCUCCGCCCCCGGCGGCAAGGCCUCCCACAUAGCUGCGGUGAUGAAAAACACAGGGGUGCUAUUCGCCAACGACGCCAACAAGGAGAGGGUGAAGGCUGUCGUCGGCAAUUUCCAUCGCCUUGGCAUCGUCAACUCCGUCAUCUGCAGCUACGACGGUCGUAAUUUUCCUUCCGUGAUGAAGGGCUUCGACCGGGCGCUGUGCGACGCGCCGUGCACCGGGACGGGCGUGGUGGCCAAGGACCCGAGCGUCAAGAGCACCAAGGGCAAGGUGGACGUGCAGCGCUGCUACAACCUGCAGAGGCAGCUGCUGCUGGCGGCCAUAGACUGCGUCAACGCGCGCUCGCCCACGGGCGGCUACGUCGUCUACUCCACCUGCUCCGUGCUGCCGGAAGAGAACGAGUGGGUGGUGGAGUACGCCCUCAAGAAGCGCGAUGUCAAGAUCGUCCCGACGGGGUUGGAUUUCGGCACCGAGGGCUUCGCCAACUAUCGCCAGUUCAGGUUUCACCCGAACAUGAAGCUGACACGGAGGUUCUACCCUCACACCCACAACAUGGACGGCUUUUUCGUCGCCAAGCUGAAGAAGUUCUCCAAUGUCAUCCGCCAGCCCGUCAACGAUGUCGAGGAUGACAUGGAGCCUACGCUGGAGCAGGAACAAAAUCAGGAUCAAGGUGAUCCGGGUGUCGCUGGAGACGGUAAACCGGUCGUGAAGAAAAAGACGAAGAGUACUAAAUCUAGAAGCAACGAAAAUCCAGACGUGAAAGAGAUUGAGCCAGAAAGCAAUGAAGAUUCGGACGUGAUGGAAACAAAGUCGGAAAGCGAGGAAGAUCAAGCCCAACAGCAUCUGAACGUGGUUUCUGGUCCAGACGUGUCGGGAAAAUCCAAAAAUAAAUCGGUGAUGAGAGGUGCAUCUCUUGUAACACUUGUAAAUGGUACGUCCACAAAGAAAAAGAAAUUAAAACAUAAUAUAAUUCAGGAAAAGGGUUCCAGAGCUAAAUUGCAAUGCACAGUGAGUCUGAAGGAAACGAAAAUCAACUUUAAGAAGGGGGGUCAGAAGUUAAAUAAUGAGAAUGUACUUAAAAAACUAGAGGAGGAAAAAAAUGACAACACUAACACAAGUAAACAAAAUCCUUCAGAGAUUAGGCUCAGAUCUCAGAAUGCGAAAACGGAGAAAUUUUUGCGGGCAUCACAAUUCCCUAUGGUUAUUUCACCUGCCAAAAGAAAUCUGAAAGCAUCUGCGAACAUCGAGGAACCAGUUUCUGUUGAUGCACCAAUAGUCAACGGGUUCCCACGGAAGUCCUUGCUGAAGUCUGCAAUAUCGCCGAUGAGCAGCGCGAAGAAGGUAACGUUCAACCUGAUAGAAGCAAAGCAGAUGCUGCGGGAGAAGAAGUUGAAAACAAAGAAGUUGAAGCUCAAGUUGAAAAUGAAAGGUAAAAUGAAAGGAAAAAUCAAAAAGAGAUGAUAAAUCUGGGGUCUUGUUUGAAACAUUCAUUCGCUGGUCCAGUUUUUGUUUCCAGUAAGUGUCAGCCAGAAUAUGCCAGAUCCAUGGUACCAGCGUAAGUUUUAUUUAUACAACAUAAAAAGAUUAUCGUUCAAGCAGAAACUUUUUGAUACAGUUGUUAGUGGGAAAUCUGCAUUGCUCAAAGUAUUUUGUUUCAGUGAACUCUCUUAGUGUGAAUCAUUAACUUCAUUAAUUUGAAAGCAUAAAAUAAUUAUUGUUAUUAGAAAUUGUAGAUUUCUCUCCAAAAAAACUCUGAAACACACAUGUUUUAUGUAUACUGUACAUAAUAAUGUAUUGAAAACAGUAUUGGAUAAUCUUAAAUCAUGAUCGGGUGUGUUUUGCUGUUGAGUACCUGCUUUUGGGGUAAGAGAGAAAGAAAACUCGUAACAGAAGUGAUCAAUCAUCAUAUAUGUUCCUCUCUGGCUCAUGAAUUUUAUUGAUAGUUACAUGCUAUAAACAUAUGCAUGAAUUUUCCUUUAAAAAUCAUCUUUGUAUACUUCUGUUGUUUCAUCAGUUUUUUUAUUAUUAAAAAUAUGGUACCAUCACAGUUACUUCCCCUAGUUCCAAAAAUAGCUCUUGACUUGGUUGUUUUACGAGCACAUUGACCUGUUAAAAACUAAGUCCAGACAGUCAAGUUUCACAACUAUGUUGGAAAAUUUGUUGGCAAAAAAAAUUGUAAAACUUUCCUGAGAAGUUUAAGGGAUUUAAAUUUUUGCCUUAUUACCUAACUAUUUACCAGGAAAUAACUGCGUGUGUAUAAAGUAAAAAAAAAUAUUCAGAUAUUUUUGAGGAGAAAAUGUUCUGGGUGGAACUUCUUGAAAGGAUUUUCAUACUUGUGUUUCAUAUGUAUCACAUUAAAUAAAAUUUUAUUCAUAGACAUACUAAAGCAUACUAUUUCAUUAUUUUUGCUUGAUUCCGUUGGUGCAGCCAUGUUAAUACAGCUUUUAGUUUAGUUUGAAAGUUAUUUUUAAAAUCUUGAUAUUUCAUGAGAAAGCUUAUAUUGUCUUUUUUAGAUACCACUCAGCUAUUUUAAUUGUAGUAAAAUAUGUGUACAAUUUUUGACAGUGGUUCCAGAAUAAUUGAACUGGGGUUUGUUAUCUUAUAAUAUUACAGUAUGUUGAAUGUUAUAAUGUUUUGAUUUUUUGUGUAUGUGACAUAGUGGUUUUAAAAAGUGACUAGUAAUGUC